AGGGGAGUCGAGUCAGUGUACGUACAGACACGGGAGCAGGUUGUGGUGUACACAUCUCUCACGUGAUACAGACUGGCAAACCUCACAGCACCAGUUUGAGUGUGUCAUUUCUUUCAGUCAUUAUACCUCCUUGUUGAGCAUUGUCGUAAUUAACAUACUCUCUUCAUACAAACUUAGUGGCAAGUCCCUAAUUCCAUUCAAAUGUGAUGAGUUCUCUGUGAGCCAAGAACCAGUGUGUGGCUCAGCUCGCUGCAGUGAUGCGUGGCGAUAUUCCGUCACGAAGGAUCCACAAAUGGUUACAUAAGUAUGGUAAUGUUGUGAAAGUGAGGCAGUGAAGAGCUAAAGUAUACAAGCAGAGCAGAACCUAGCUGGUGGAGGGCAUGUUGUUACUCUUGAUACACACCGUGGUCCUCACCACAGCCACCCUCGUCACCACCGCUCAGGUUAACCUGUGUCAGCCGCUGGCUGGUGAGUGUGUCAGUGAGCGACGCUCCUGCAGAGGCACCAGCCUGGAAUUCUUCUGUGGCCGCAGCGCCUACUGCUGCCUCCCUCCAGUAUCCCGCCUAGCAGUAGCCAAGAGUGACAAAAGCUGUAAGAAGACGCCAAGAAGGUGCACGAAUCGGGGAGGGAAGUGUGUGUCGCCCAGCUCUCCUUGUUAUACCCGGAGGGCCAGAAAACUGUGUCCUGGCUCUUGCGACUGCUGCCUCGGAGAUCACAAAAACUGUGACACCACACCCGCCUGCAGGCUCCUCGGCGGCUUUUGCUUCAAGGGCAACAAGAAAGUGUGUCGCCAUGGGAGUGUUGUUCCUGGAAGAUGUGAGGGCAGGGACUGCUACUGUUGCGUUCCUGAUAAAUGCUCCUGCGGGAAGGCUAACGGGAACCGCAUCGUGGGCGGGUGGAUGACGACCCCGAACAACAAAUAUCCGUGGCUGGUUGGCUUCAAAGUCAUGAAUUACGGGGAAAAUUAUUUCUGCGGCGGCACCAUCAUCAGUCCUCACUACAUCCUCACUGCCGCUCACUGCCUCUUUAACCCCUACAAUGGCAACAUGUUUAAAACAAAUGCCUUGAAAGUGGGCGUAGGAGACCACAACCAGGCGACGACUGAUGAUGACAUUCCCAGGGUGACUCGUCUGGUGGACGUAAAGAAAAUAAUUGUCCAUGAAGGUUAUAGUUUAUUCCAGAAUUACCAUGACAUAGGGUUGGUGCGGCUAGCUGAGGCCCUCGACCUGGUCUCUCAUACUCAGGUAAGGGCGGCGUGUCUGCCAAAGGCGCCCGAAAACACGUACGAGGGCGCGAUGGGCGUGGUGUACGGCUGGGGCAUCAUGCACACUGACGCUCUGGAGCAGCCUGACGAAGUGAGAGAAGUUGUGGUUCCUAUACUAAACCCAAAGUGUGAUGGGAAGUCGGUAGGACAGAUGAAAAUAACUUCGAAUAUGUUAUGUGCUGGUGAGGAGGACGGGGGGAAGGACACGUGUCUGGGAGACUCCGGGGGACCCCUCACCGUGGAGGAGAGAGAUCGUCACCACACUCUGGUAGGCGUCACUUCCUUUGGUUCAGGGUGUGGUAACCCAGAUUCCCCCGGUGUCUACACACGAGUCACCGCUUACCUCGACUGGGUUCACGCGAACACCAAAGACUCGGAGUUUUGUUACGGGACGUGUGAGGAUGCUGGGGGAAAGUGUGUGGCAGGAGGGGAGGACUGCCAGGAGAUGCUGAGCCUCACCUGCGACAAUGGUGCCACCUGCUGUACCCAAGAAUCACCACCGCCAAUAAGAUACGUCAGUAAGAAAUGUAGACAAAAGAAGCAGUGUGAGAGAAAAAAGGGGAAAUGUGUGAGGAAAUGGGACACCUGCCGCGGAAAGACGAAGGACGAGUGGUGUAGAGGAAAGACCUGCACCUGUUGCAUCCCGAGGAAGAAGAAAGAGAAGUGUAAGGACACCCGAAAGUGCCUGGACUAUGGUGGGUUCUGCUUCAAGAGCAAGACGAAACGGAUGUGUAAGGACAGGCCGGUGAUGGCCGGAGUGUGUAAAAGUGUCAAGUGUUCCUGUUGCCUUCCACCAAACGUCUGUGUGUGUGGACUUGCUAACGGUGAUCGCAUCGUGGGCGGGAAAGAGGCGACCCCGAACGAGUUCCCUUGGUUAGUGGGUCUUCAGCUUGGUGGGGAUAAAACCAAGUACAAAUGUAGUGGUAGUAUUAUCAACAACAUGUACAUUCUCACUGCCGCUCAUUGUUUGUUCGACCAAGCCCGCCAGGCACCUAUGAAUCCUGCUGACAUUAAAGUGGGUAUAGCAGACCACAACCAGUUUUCUCAGGACGAUGACGUGCCCGGAGUUACUCGUCUGGUCGACGUCCAAAAUGUUAUCAUUCAUCCAGGCUAUGACUUAUUCGACGUACCUGAUGACAUCGGGCUGUUAAAGCUAAGCGAGCCCCUGAACCUAACCUCAAACAGGGAGGUGCGUCCCGUCUGUCUCCCGCAGAACGAUGCUCAAACCUACGAGGGCCUUGUGGGUACACAUGUCGGUUGGGGAUUAACCUCAGAAUCUGCUAAUGAGCAGCCGGACGUCCUAAUGGUCGCAGAAAUCACUGUCCUUGGCCCAGAUUGUGAUAAUAACACUCAAAUAGCUGGUUUUAACUUAUCGGAGACCAAUUUAUGUGCUGGUGAGGAGGAGGGAGGAGUGGACUCUUGCGAGGGUGACUCUGGUGGUCCAAUAACCGUGAUAGAGGACGGCAGCUAUGUUGUCGUAGGGCUCUCGUCGUUUGGGGACGGGUGCGCCAGGCCCAAUAUUCCCGGGGUGUACACUAGAGUCAGUAAAUACCUCGAGUGGAUAGAAGAAAACACCCAAAACGCUACUGACUGUGACUGAGAACUCCACAAAACGAGCAGGAGCAAAAUGAAGAAGAAAACUUUAGUGUGAAAAUGCAUUUUUUCAAAUUCUCUCUCCUGCAUGGAAAUCUUUUUUUUCCUUUUUUUAGAUGUCAUCAGUACUGCAUAUUGCCAUCUAUCGUUAAACAGAGUAUGUACACGCAACUUCAAUUAAAAAAUGGAGACCGAGAACUGGCAAUUGGUUGCCUUAAGCUAACCUAACCUAACCUAACCUACAUACCAUAGAUUAAUUCUGCGCCAAUUUUCAUAAUUUUGCAUCUGACGUGGUAUAGGAAAUAAAAGUAGUAUAACUCACGUAGAAGGCGCAUUACCACAGAUAUUCGGCUGCCUGCACAUUGGCAGCUCCCAGAAGAACCACUGCUUUAGAUGAGCGUCACCACCUGUCAACGAUGCUAGUAUCAAAAUUAUAACUCUCAGUACCUAUAUACAGUAUACUGCUAAUGAAUAUGAUGUAUUUCUUUAUGUACGAACCUCUUUCCUGCAUGGCAGUGAACA